ACCUGCCCAUCGACUGCGACAGACUGGGCCGGUGUCGAAGUUUUCACACGUCUAUGGCCUCAUAGACUCACCCAGUUAUCACUUCGAUCCAAACCUACUGCAGAUACUUUUUGACUCGCUCCAUACACGCGAGGUCUUCAUGUACCUGCACUCUAUACGCCUCUACGAAUCUCCUAAGUGUCAAAUUACUUCCACCAUCAUUAUCGCGAUCAACAUCAUACGGCCACUCUUGCACCUCAACCACCUUCGCAUCGUGGAAUUCGAAACGAGAUCUUCCCUUUGGAUUGAUAACGAUGUCCUGAAGAAAUUGGUGAAAGCCUGGCCUUCUCAUGAGAAGUUGUGGUUCAACCAGUCGCAUGGGUGUCACAAUCCGACGCCAGGGGCUACAAUACUUGGCCUUGUCGAAUUCGUCGACCUGUGCCCUCGCUUGACGACGCUUUGCAUUGGCAGUGUUACACUCGCUGAUGUGGACUUGGACUUGGACUUGGACUUGGACACAGACGUUGACAUGGAUGCCCUCAAGCCCUGCCGCUCGGGCACUCUAGGACACCUUUCGUUGACACACCCCCCAUGCUCAGGGAUGUGAUGAUGACAUGUGGAUGGUCCGUAUAAGGCAGCUUUUAGAAACCGUUUUUCCAUCGCGCGUAUACUCCAACCCUGAAUGAGCAUGGUAGAUGGUGUUGUCGACUCGUUCGGCUAGAUCAUUCACUCAGCGCCACCUACUUUGCGAUAUGUUACUCAAUUCUGUCUCGACCAAUAAUCUUUAUCGAUAUCCUUUGACUUGUAGCCCAAAAACCGGCAUGCGUUACCCAGUUCGAUUGUGCCGUUCUUCCUUGAAAAGACAAGGUAUCUCAAUAAAGAGACUGAGGUGCAUUCCGGGCUUCACUAGUCACUUCUGAAUCUCUGCCUUUCUUCUUCAUUCUACUAUCCCUUACCAUACAAUCGUGAUGUGAUAAGGUCAAGUUAGACGCGGUAACGCGCUUGCUUGAUAUGAUAUACUGGCUUUGGUUGCAUUUUGACAGCGACGAUC